AGUGUCCCUUGUCCCAAUUUUCUAUGGCACAUUGAUGGGAAUCAUAAAUUGAUUACACCAUACCGUAUUGUCAUCCACGGUGGGAUUGAUGGAUAUUCCAGGCUUAUUGUAUAUCUACAAGCAUCAAAUAAUAACAGGGCAAGCACUGUUCUUCGAUUGUUCCAAAAUGCUGUGGCAAAUUACAAUAUUCCAUCACGGGUAAGGUCUGAUUUUGGAAUGGAGAAUAUUGAUGUGGGAAGAUUCAUGCUAGCUAACCGUGGCUUGAAUAGAGGAAGUUUUAUCACUGGGAGCUCAGUUAGAAAUCAAAGAAUUGAGAGGCUAUGGAGGGAAACCAAUCGCCUUAUAGCAAGCCGUUUUGUCAACAUCUUUCUCUACUUGGAACAGCAAAAUGUGUUUGAUCCUGACAGUGAACUCCAUCUUAUGGCAUUACACCUAGUGUUUUUGCCUCUUGUUAACAAAGCUUUGGAUGCAUUUAUUGAAGAAUGGAACAGUCAUCCGGUCACUUCAGCAUGCAGCUAUACACCUAUACAACUUUGGGUAAGAGGAUUGGUUGCAAGCCGAAACACUGAUUAUUCAGCUGUUAAUGACGUACUUACAGACAGGCAAGACUUUGAAGAUUUGGGCAUUGAAGAAGAUGGACCAGUACCACAAAUACAGUCAGGCAAUAACGUUGAGAUGUAUAAUGUGCCAUUCACAAGCAGAGUACUGGGUCUAUUGGAUUGUUAUGAGGGACGUACCAAAUUCUGUAAAAUAGUAUACCAAAUAUGGAAAAUAGUAGCUUUGGUGCAUUCAUAA